ACCGAACCUCGUCUCUACAGAGCAGCGACGGGCGGCCGAGACAGUUCUCAUGGAGUUCAAGGCAUCCAAGUCGCCGUACGCAGCAUGCAAGUUUAUACUGGAGAACAGCAAGCUAGACUACGUGAUGUUUCAAGCGGCGGGCGCCAUUAAGGAGGCCGUGGUGCGUGAGUGGAGCCUGCUGGCAGACGACGACGUCAAAUCAUUGCGCAACUACCUGCUGCAGUACGUCACACAGCGACCCGAGCUGCAGGGCUAUGUGAGGGAGCAGGUCCUACAGGCCGUUGCCGUCAUCUUUAAGCGCGGCUCGCUGCAGACAACGCAGGGCGCCGACCAUGAGCAACUGAUGAGCGACGUCACAGGUCUUAUAGGCACCGGUAACCCCAGCAUGCAAUCGCUUGGCUGCUCAAUCCUCAUGGCACUGAUGAACGAGUAUUCAACAACGACUCAUUCCAGCAGCAUCGGCCUCUCGUGGGAGUUCCAUCUCACCGCCAAGCGCACGUUCGAGACGCGUGAUCUGAAGCGAGUCUUCCAGCUGUGUGUGCAGGUCCUGCAGCAGCUGGAGAGCAUGACGGUGGCUCCCUCGCGUGACGUCGUCGUGCUCAUCAACAAGUUCCUCGCGAUCACGGAGCAGGUGCUCAGCUGGCGUUUCACCGCCUACAAUCUGCCCGGCAGGUUUGCGCUGGUGAUGGAGAACAGUCAGUCGUGCGCGCUGAUGCCUGGUCCCGCGUGGAGAGAUAUACUGAUGGAUCCAGCCAUCGUACAGUUCUUCUUUAGGAUUCAUGACAAGGUGCGCUCGAACCCAGAGUUGGCCCACCACACGCUGCAGUGUCUCUGUCAGCUGGCGUCGAUUCGAGGAACAGUGUUCAACAACGAUGAGAUGAAGGUGGCCUACCUGAAGAACUACCUGCAGUGCUACAUUCUACUCAUAUCCAGGGAGGACAUCGCUGAGUGUGAGGUGCUGGGAGUGGCAACGGCCAUCAGUAGACUGGCGCUGUUCUUUCCCGUCGCAUUCUUUGCCAACAUGCCAGAGGAGAUCGGCAAGCAUCUGAAGGUGGCGCUGACAAAGCUUUCGUGUCAGUUCUGUCGGUUGGCCGCGCAGCAACAAGGGGUGAGUGCGUCGUCCCUUCUGAUGAUCCUCGCCCUCAUCCUC